UGUAGUGGCAAUCGCUCUUCGAAGACCUUCAAACCAAAGAAGAGUAUUCCUGAAGGCUCCCACCAGUAUGAGCUGCUCAAACAUGCAGAAGCCACUCUGGGCAGUGGAAACCUCCGCAUGGCUGUCAUGUUACCAGAAGGGGAGGACCUCAAUGAAUGGGUGGCUGUGAAUACUGUGGAUUUUUUCAACCAGAUCAAUAUGUUAUAUGGAACCAUUACAGAUUUCUGCACAGAAGAGAGUUGUCCAGUAAUGUCUGCUGGACCCAAAUAUGAAUAUCAUUGGGCUGAUGGAACCAACAUAAAGAAGCCAAUUAAGUGUUCUGCCCCUAAAUAUAUUGAUUAUCUGAUGACUUGGGUGCAAGACCAGCUUGAUGAUGAAACUCUCUUUCCUUCAAAAAUCGGGGUUCCAUUUCCAAAGAACUUUAUGUCUGUAGCUAAAAUCAUAUUAAAACGACUUUUCCGGGUUUACGCCCACAUCUAUCACCAGCACUUUGACUCAGUGAUCCAACUGCAGGAAGAGGCACAUCUCAACACAUCUUUCAAGCACUUUAUAUUUUUUGUCCAGGAAUUUAACUUAAUUGACAGAAGAGAACAAGCUCCCCUGCAGGAACUAAUUGAAAAGCUGACCUCAAAAGACAGAUAA